AUGGCUGAUGCAAGAAAUAUUAACGAUGAUAAUGAUGAUAACAAUGAUGUGGCUAGACAAGAAGCAUUCGAGAACAGAGUUACAGAAGUAGCGGAAGGGGUUAUACAAGCCAAUCUUCCACGGUUGGCUCAAGAAGUAGAAAGCCGAGUUCUGGGGGUUGUGGAUGCUAUGAUGACUAGUAAGUUCGAAGAGUUGAAGGAAUUAAUCGAAGGAUCCAAGAGUAGAGGUAAGGAACGAAGGUGCACUUAUAAGGAUUUUAUGGCAUGCCAUCCGACGACGUAUGACGGUAAAAUAGAUCCUGUUGAAUGUCAAAGAUGGAUCUCGAACAUAGAGGCGGUCUUUAUACGAAGUCGGUGUGAUAAGGAGGAUCAAGUGAUGUUCGCUACCGGUUUACUAACCCAUCAGGCGAAGGAUUGGUGGGAUGCUCACAGCAAGGAGGUAGGCGAAGACAGACUGCAAGUUAUGACUUGGCAGGAGUUUAAGGGGCCCUUCAUGAGAUAUCAUUGUCCUCAGUCGGCUAUCGACAAGAUUCAGGAGGAUUUCUUACGCCUCCGGCAGAAAAACGAAUCAGUGAAUGAAAUAGCAAACAAUUUUAUGGAUAAGAUGAAGUUCUGUGGAGAAUUGGUAACAACCGAGAGGAUGAAGAUAAGUCGUUUUUAUGGCGUGUUAAAGGCAGAAGUUAGAGAGUUCAUCACUCCCUCAAAAUGUGAAACUCUUGAAGAGCUCAUUGAUUUAGCAAGGGAUAGAGAGAUCGAAAUUAAAAGGCAAGAGGAGCGAGGUGAAAAGAGGCCGAGUGAAAAAGGUGCAAGUUUUAGUCCAUCCAAAAAGGGGAAGUUUCAGGAUCAAGGAAGAAAGGGUAAGUCGAAAGGUGGGAUUACACCAUGCAAGACGUGUGGAAAGCUCCAUACCGGAGAAUGUUUGCUAGGUAAGAAGGGGUGCUUUAAAUGCGGUAAGGAGGGGCAUUCGUCCUAUCAAUGCCCGGACAACCCAAAGACUUGUUUCAACUGUUUCGAAAAAGGGCAUAUCAAGUCGGAAUGUCCAAAGCUUCAACAAGGGUCAAAGAAAGAAGAUAAGAAGCAAGAGGGUUCUAGGGCAAAAGGGGAGAAUGUUUCAGAUCACAUCUGA